CUCGCUAGAUCCGCGCACCGCACCCUUCGUUCACCUCGCCGGCUACCUACCUUAAACCAGAUCCUAAAGUCCGAAACGUCCAAUUUCUGGUCUCGUCUUCUCUUCCUCCUCAGAAAAAAGAAUGUGAACUUUGCCCAGGCUCCCCUUCUCUCCUUGGCGGUGGAAGAAAGAAGAGCCGGCCAUCUCUCUUCUUCCUCCUCUCCGCGCGCCCUAUGCUCCCCUUAAAGCCCAUCAAUUACCUCGCCCCGAUGCUCGCCUCCGCCGCCCUCCUCUUCCUCCUUCUCACCGGCUUCCUCGAAUUCCCCUCCCUCUCCUCUCCCAUUCCCUCCUCCGCCUCCAUCGUCUCCUCCUCCGCCGCCACCGGCUCUGUGGGUUCCCGCCCCAAAGAACCCUUCACCGAUCUCGCCGCCGCCUUCGCCCGGUGGGACUCCAAGAUCGGGUGCGCGCGGUUCCGGGAGAGGUACAAGGGAUGGACGGCCAACGCCUCGGUGAUACAGAGCGUCGACGGUGGGGAUUGCACAGCGCUGGGGAUGGAUCACGUAAGCGUGCUCGUGAAGGGGUGGACUUGGAUUCCGGACAAUAUGGACAAUCUCUACUCGUGCCGCUGCGGGAUGACUUGCCUGUGGACCAAAUCUGAGGUUCUUGCCGACAAGCCCGAUGCUUUGUUGUUCGAGAGCGUGACGCCUCCACGAAGGAGGCGAAGAGGAGAUCCUCUUCGUGUUUAUGUGGAACUUGAAGCCAGUAGAAAGCCAUCAGGCUUUGAAGACAUAUUUGUUGGUUAUCAUGCCAAAGAUGAUGUUCAAUCGACAUAUGCGGGCACACUGUUUCAUAAAAAUCGGAAUUACCAUGUGUCCUCUGAAAAAAGAAAUGAUAGCCUUGUUUACUGGUCGUCUUCGAGAUGCCUUCCCCAGCGGAACCAACUUGCCAAAAAUUUCCUUUCCCUUGUAUCCCAUCAUUCCUUUGGUAAGUGCCUGAAUAAUGUUGGAGGUCUUGACAUGGCUCUCUCCCUGUACCCUGAGUGUUCAAUGGAUGAUAACUCAGCCCCUCCUUGGUGGAACCACCUACACUGUGCUAUGUCACAUUACAAGUUUGUCCUUGCCAUUGAGAACACCAAAACUGAUAGCUAUGUGACAGAGAAGCUCUAUUAUGCUCUUGAUGCCGGUGCAGUGCCCAUCUACUUUGGUGCUCCCAAUGUAUGGGAUUUUGUCCCUCCAAAUUCUAUAAUAGAUGGAUCUAAAUUCAGCUCUCUUGAGAAAUUGGCUUCAUAUGUGAAGGCCCUUGCAGAUGAUCCCAUCGCAUAUGCAGAGUACCAUGCUUGGAGGAGGUGUGGUGUGAUGGGCAAUUAUGGAAAGACUCGUGCUGCCAGCCUUGACACAUUGCCAUGCCGGCUUUGUGAGGUUAUUAGUAGGAAAGGUGGGAGGAAUGCUAGAACAUUGUGAGUCUGCUGUUAUGAUUUUCAUCUUUUAUUCAUUUGAGGCUUCCAUGCCUUGUAUUUACCCAGGCUUUGGUUAUAUUAUAGGCAUAAAGAAAAAUUUUCUCUUCUGUUUUGGUAUGAACUGAAUCCUGUAACCAUUGUUGUCCAGAGUCACACCAAUGUAAUACGGUCCACAUUUGUAUCCAUUGACUUGUUAUGCAACAUCAAAGAACAGCACUCUUUAAUCAAAAAUUUGAAAAAAAAAAAGUUACUGUUGAA